CAAGAACUCUUUAUGGAGAUGGAACACAAUAAUUACAAUAACUCAAUAUUAACUCAUUAAUACUUUUUAAUUAUCAGUCUUUAAUAUCAGAUUACUGAAGACGAAUAAGAAGAGAAAGAACAAGCAUGGCUACUGCUUCAGGUGAGGGACAAAAGAUCCAAUUCCCACAUUUUGAUGUAGUUUCAGAUGAAUCAGACCACUAUUACCUCAAAUCAAACCAAUCCAGAAAGGAUAAAAAUAGUUUCAAAGAUGCAAACACUUCUACCUGCAGAAACAUUAUGAAAGAAUGGAAAAUCCUUGAGAAAAAUCUUCCUGAAUCCAUUUAUGUUCGCGCUUAUGAGUUACGAAUGGAUCUGCUACGAGCAGUAAUUAUCGGUGCUCCUGGUACUCCUUACCACGACGGGCUCUUCUUCUUUGAUAUCGUGUUUCCUUCCGAUUACCCGAGGCAUCCUCCCAAAGUUUACUAUCAUUCACGCGGCUAUCAUAUGAAUCCUAAUCUGUAUCCUAAUGGUACAGUUUGUUUGAGUCUUAUUAAUACUUGGAAUGGUAGCAAUCAGGAAAUGUGGACACCUAAAAAUUCUACAAUCCUUCAGCUUCUCGUUUCGAUUCAGGGGCUAGUACUCAAUUCUAGACCUUACUUCAACGAGCCUGGACACGAAAACUAUACCACGUCUGAGAGGUGGAAGAACACGUCGUUAGCUUACAAUGAGAAAGUGUUCAUUUUAUCUUGCAAGACAAUGUUAUGUCAUAUUCGUACUCCUCCAAAGAAUUUUGAAGCCUUUGUCUAUGAGCAUUUUCGUGAACGUGGUGAAUUUAUAUUGGCAGCUGUUAAUGCUUAUAGUGAUGGUAAGGCGAUUGUUGGUUGUUAUCAAGGAGAUAACCAGACAUCGUCUCGAGUUAAUGUGUCUGCUGAGUUUCAGAGAAAUUCAAAGAAAAUGUAUGUUGAGUUACAAAAAGCAUUCAAGAAAUUUAGCAUUUCAAGUCCAAAUCAGGUGGAGAUGAAACCAAAGGAACAAGCUAAGAAGAAGAAAAGGAAAAAUAAAGAAAACUCAAGUGGUGUUAAGCCAAAAGUAACAGAGGAAAAGUCUAAAGGUGGAAUUAUGCAGAAGAUAGUAGGUUUUAUUAAGCACAUUUUUGAAUUUGAGAAUUAGAAUUAUGUUUUUAGAUUUCAAUAUACUGGAAACAGUUUGCACCAAAUGGAACAUUGACUUAGAUUUAGUUGUUAUUGUCUGUCUCA